GGGUUAUCGGUCGACCGGUCAGGCACUGCUCAAGCGCUCAAGGCUAUAGCAUGCAAUGUAUUUCAGCUCUUCUUUGGUGAGCAUUUUGAACGACUGUUGAAGCUGUACUACCACACUCUUUAACAUGACUGCUUGAAAUACAGCUCCAGCCCUCUCCAGCCGCACCUAAGUUUUGCGACCACAUAAUAAAAUUAGUCAGGUCCGAUCUGUGGUACGGCGUCCGCGUGUUGUAUCAAUGUUUUCAACCCUGGUGCCUUGCCAUGAAUGUCAUACAGGCUCACUGCCUUCGCUAAAGACUCAUCUGACGUGAAAGCUAACACCUGAUUUUCUGAUAUAAAGAGCACGAACGACAGACGAACACAUCAAGCCGCUGUAACUCCCACCACCACCAUGCUGCAUCUGCUGUGUAUCGCUCUGUCUCUUUUCUUAUCCCUUCAGCUCGCUGUUGCAGACCCUGCCUCAACAGUCUUACGAGUUCCACGUCACUCCAAGUCAUCGUCACUAGUACUGACCAAGUCUGUACUAUCAGCUCUCUUGGUUCCCCGAGGGAGGUUCACUGCUCGACAAGGAUGCCCCAGCGGAUAUCAGCAAUGUACUAACUACCCGGACGCAUGUGCCCCUACUGGCAGCUUCUGUUGCAGCGAUACGUAUAACUGUCCAGACGGCACCACUUGCUUCGAUUCCGAAUGUUGUCCCAGUACCGCGCAAACAUGUAAUGGAAAUGCCUGCUGCAACCCUGGUAGUGAAUGCUGCAACGACGACAGCAGCUGCUGUGAAUCCGGCUACUCCUGCUGCAAUGACUCUACCGGGGGAUGCUGCCCUACUGGAACUACGUGCAUAGCAGGUUCUGAUCAAUGUUCCGCUGGAGGCUCAAGUUCUGUGGGUGGAAGCAGUGUACCCACUAGCAUUACGGUUGCUACUCCGUCCAAGUCCACUGUGCUGCCAGGAACCACUUCUAGCAGCAGUCCUGUAAUUACAUUCGACGGGCCCACAACAACUUCCAGCACUUCUUCCUCCACUUCUUCGACAGCUUCAUCCGCGGGGUCUACUUCCACUGGUUCGUGUAAGCAGCCUCUUGCUUCUGAUCCGUGACCUAACUUAUACCAUAAAUUUAGCACAAAUUGGUGCUGCUCCUCGUGGUAUUGCACUCGCACCUGGAAAACAACUUGUGGUCUUGGCCGCAGUUGUUGGUUUGCCGAUCCU